AUGGCGCCCGAACCAGACAGCAAGCGCAGCAAGACCGGCGACAGCCCCGCCUAUGAGCUCGUCUACUGGCCAGGCCUCCCCGGCCGCGGCGAGUUCGUCCGCCUGCUCUUUGAGGAGGCCCAGGUGGCCUACACGGACACCGCGCAGGACCGGUCCCCCGACAAGACGGUCGAGCUGGUCAUGAGCCACAUGACAGGCGACGCCGACGCCGCGGGGAAGACGAACCCUCCCAUGUUUGCCCCGCCGGCCCUGGUGCACGGCGACAAGGUCGUCAGCCAGACACCCAACAUCAUGCAGUACCUCGCCCCGCGGCUGGGCCUGCUGCCCAAGGACGACGAGGACGCGGCCUGGAAGCUGAACCAGGUCGUCCUGACGCUCCUGGACGGAUUCGUCGCCGAGCUGCACGACACGCACCACCCGAUCGCCGUCGGCCUGGCGUACGAGGAGCAGAAGCCCGAGGCGAAGAAGAGGGCGGCCAACUUUGUCGACGAGCGGCUGCCCAAGUUCCUCGGCUGGGCGCAGCGGGUGCUCGACUCGUCGUCGUCCGGGGCAGGGCCCUGGCUGCAGUGCGGGCAGUUUACGUACGCCGACCUGGUGCUGUUCCAGUGCGUGCACGGCACGUCGUUUGCCUUUCCGAAGCGCAUGGCGGAGCUGAGGAGGUCGGGCAAGUAUGACAAGGUGUUUGCGCUCUACGAGGCGGUGGGGCAGAGGCCCAAUGUCAAGGCGUACAUGGAGAGCGACAGGCGCCAGGAGUAUGGCAAUGGCAUCUGGAGGUACUACGCCGAGUUUGAGGAGUAG